AUGUCCGUUCAUGAUUUGGUGGCUGAUUUUCUCAAGCAAAAUAACUAUAAUGAUACAUUAAAGGUCUUUACAAGAGAACAUGGUAAACCUAUUUCGGGAGAAUUACCGACGGGAGAGACGUUAGAGGAGAUAGUUAAUGAUCGUAUACACUUCAAAGAGCUUCAGGAAAAUAAUAAAGCUGAUGAACUUUUGGAUGAUGAAUUGAAGAAUAUCUUGGACACUCUUACACCAUGGACUACUCCAUACCCUGAGCAACCAUCACCCAUUGAAGAGGAUAUACACGGAUUAGUGGUGUCAACGUCAGUUGUGGAGUCAUACUUAUUGUUGAGCACUGCUGACAUGAAUAUAUAUAUAGUAGAUAUAAAGACUCACAAGGUUAUUUUUAAGGAUAAGGUGGUCCCUGACAAAGUUGUGGUGAAGAAAAUAUUACAUGUUGUAGACAACGAAUUGAUAUUCGUCGGCAUGAAUGGCAAGAUAUAUUAUUAUAGAAUUGACUUUGAUCUUUUGAAGUUUCAAUUACUUUCAUCAUAUACUGCGCAUUUGAGGUUGAUAACUGAUCUGAAACUACUCCAGUGUGAGCAUGGUGUCUAUCUAGUGUCUUUGGGGUGGGAUUUUCUAGUCAGAGUCUUUAAAAUUGAAAAUCAGGAACUUCAUUUCUUGGAUGAGUUCAAGCUUUCUCAGCAGGGGACCUGUGUCGAACCAGCUUACUAUAAUGGACUGAUCGUUAUCAUAUUAGGAAUAACAGACACCACUAAUUUGAGUGUUUUGACACUUGAUGACAAUAAGUUGAAACUCACGUACAAGAUAUCAUUGAAUGAUGCUGAAUUUACUCUCACAUCCUUCACCCCAAGAUGCAUAUGUUUAAGGAGUCAAAGUCCCGGUGAAGUGCCAGUGAUUGCUGUUGCAACUUCCCAUGAACCUUACAUGAGACUAAUUUUGGUUACUUUGAAGGAGCUAGCACAUAUUGGUAAUGUUUCGCCUGCUCCUGUCAAAAGAAACCAGAUUUUAAAGAAUUUAAAUACACUUUCGCCGCAAGAUAAGUACUCAUUAGCAAACAUCUCAUGGAGGUACGACGGUAGUGGUAUCUGGAUUGCUGGCGAAGAUGGAAGAGUAAGAGGUAUAGACUUAAAAGAAGAUAAGGUCAUCGUAGAAUUGGUUGCUCAUGAAGGUAAAAUCAAAUGCUUUCAACCAUUUUUACUAGAUAAUGCAGAGGCUUUGGUUUCGUGUGGAGUUGAUCGUGAUGUCACUAUAUGGAGCUAA